AUGUCGCUGCAACCUAGGCAUGGGGAAAGAGGGCUUCAGCUCGGUAUAGGUGUAGCAUCGCCAAGAACCUAUAUUCCAUUCAGCCAACCCAAUGAAGAUGGAAAUGAGGAGUGUUGGACACGAUCCACAUUGGAAAAUAGAGGGAUCAUGUACUUCCGUGAUAUGAGAGUGCUGCAAAAUAGUAGAAAUGAUAGUUUUGAAGACUCUAAUGAUGUGAAUAAGUUACAGCAGGACGAUAAUAUGGAAGAAGUGACAUAUCCUAUUAACAACCAAAAGUUUUGGGAUAGCAUACUGGGAAAUCAAUAUCCAAGUAAAGUGAUAAAAGACAUUAAAUUACAAUCGAAUGAAGAACUUAUUGCUGUAGAUAACACAGGGAUUGCUGAUAAAUUCUAUGUUCCCAGCAGUUUGGUUUCAAAGAUAGAGAAAGGAGAAAUGUCGAUGACAAGCGAUGACGGACACCGCAAAACGAAUAAGCCUAUAAGGAUAGAGUCAUCUCAUAAUACUAGAGAUUUUAAGGCGAUUGAUCCAACCAGGAAGAGACAAUUCGCUUUGGCAGAAUUUCUCCCCAUAGUUGAUGCAAGACUCGAUAAGGAUCCUACUACCUUAUUAAUUACCAUUGAAGGAUCUACACAAUCUAACCUCUCAAUACAGGCCUUAUCCACCGAUACAAAAACUAAACUAUAUGAAUGUACAUUGAAGCCCAGGAUAAUAAACCUUCAGUCCAGGAUUAAACAUAUUGAAGUACCGAAGCCCACGAAUUAUCUUGGGAAAUAUCCUAAUCUAUUUGCAGUCAUAACAGAUAGUAAACUUCAUAUAAUCAGGCUUGAUAGGAUUGACGAAAGUGGUAUAGAAUUAACAGAAUUUGUACCCCUUGAAUUUCUUGAGUUUGAACAGUUCCCUAUUGUUGAUGUUGCCUUUAAUCCUUGGGAUAUGAUGGAAAUGGCGCUGGUAGAUUCCAAAGGUAAUUGGAUUUUGGCCAAGCUAGAGACUCACAAGCGGAAACCAUGUACGAUUAAAUUGAAAAGUGACAUUUCGGGAUCAAUUUUUGAUCCAACUGUAACUUCACCCUGGCAUCAUAUAGAUUGGAUUGAUGAUCAUUCAUCGUUAGUUGUUUUGAAUAGAUCUAAGAUGGUAUCGAUCAACUAUGUUGAAAAUUGGCAACUUGAUAUCGUAGAGGCGAAAACAUGGUCUGAGUUAAGGGAUUACAAAAGAAUUAAUGAUAAUACAGCCCUUCUACUAACCUCUCAGGAGAUUAUUUUACUGGAUAUUCAGAAUAAUUCCUUUCGAAGAAUGAUCUCCUGGAAACAUAACUGGGAUACUAACGAUCCUUCCAUUAGAAUGUCAUAUAAGUUGGAAGAAGGCAAUAAUUAUACACACUUAAUUCACGUUUUAAUUUUCUCCAAGCUCACUCUCAAAGUAUAUGGCAUCUCUAUCGGAUAUAAGGAAAAUGCUUGGACUGUUAUUGCUUGUAAACCGUUUCUUCUUUCUUUGGACAAUGUAAAAAGUAAACAUGGUAUUAACAGUAUAGAGUUUUCAACCAGUUCCACUGAAUUCGCUUCGGACAAAAGCGAAGGAGAUAUUAUUGAUAAUGAUGAUGAUGAGUUUGCAAAAGAUAUUGUCUGUGUUCUAGGUUUCAUUGAACUUAAUACCCUUGUUCAAGGAUUUUUGUCCACUAAAAACUCACCUAACCACUUGCAUUUAAACUCACAUCUUAACCAGCCAACUUAUAAUGCUCGAUCUCUCGAAAAGAUUUGUGAUGCAUUCGAUCAUAGCAUACCUGUUCCAAAAGCAGAUCACCAGGUCGAAAAUGAAUAUCAUAUGUUCCAAGAAUUUGGUUAUGAAUUAUCUGAGAGACUAAAUAAACUAUUGGACUCUUGGAAAAGCCGAUCUGAUAAAUAUAAUCUUAACAUUGAAUCAUUGGCAUAUCUCGAUGUAUGUCCUUCCUACUUUCAAAGUAUUACAGAAUAUGUGUCUUUGAUCGAACAACUUAUUGCAUAUUAUCAAAACCACAAUCUUGUAUUCUCCGAAGUCAAACUAUUUAUUGAACAACUAAUUGGUGAGAAUCUAGGAUCAUGGGAGGAUCUUUUCAAUAGGUUAGUUAUUGCAUGGGACCCAGUCUCCACGGAAGCAGAACAUCUCAGCAGAACUGUGAUUCGUGAUAUCGCUUUAUAUCUAACCUUAUAUCAGCAACAAGAUACAAUAAAAACAUCUUUGGAUGUUAUAAGUGAAGAACUAUCGGAUAGUAUGAAAUCUCUUCUAAACUCAUGGGAUACGGAUCCUACAGAAGAAUUUAAUGAUGUCAAUGCGACACCAAUAACGACCUUUUCUCAGGCAUUAUCUUCUCAGCAGUUCCAAGUACCCACCAUCAAAUCAUCUCAGCAAGUGAACAGAAAAAAGAGAACUGCUGCUCUAUCUUCUGCUGCUAAUGGCAUUAAUAGUGGUACAACAAGAGUUAGCCAUAGAUCGGCUUCCCAGCCAACUCAGAUGAUGGCCAACAGUUACACUUUACCGGGUAGUAUUCCUCCUGCAUUUUCUUUAAGUGGCAGCAGUAGAGCUUCACAACCGCUAUCGGCCGCUUCCCAGCCCGAAGGACACCAGAGACAAAGGAGAAAGAAGAAGAAAGUCGGCGGUUUCAACUAG